GGAGUUCUUACGUGGUUUUCGUUCGUUCAUGUCGUGCAGAACAAUCGUCCCAGCGUUCGAGUAUCACUUAGCUUCGUAGUAAAACCUCCUACCGUCUCACCAUUGCAAUGCUCGCUGCUUCAUUUCCAGGUCAUCAUCUUCAUGUUAAUGUCCCUAUCUUGUGUGCUAUCUGUAUCACCCGUGAGCAGCCCGACUAUCAUUCCUCCAACUGUCGUCACGACAUAUUACGUUUACGCCGUAAACUAGAAUCACUUCUUUCCCACUUUGCUGUUGUAGACAAGUGAACAUUUUCAAAAACUAAUCUGCCGACCCGCAGCAUGGGGCGCGGCUCCAAGACGAACUCGCUGCUGCCCAUGGGCACGGCGGGGAAGCAGGGCGUCACGGCGGUGAAGACGCCGGUGACGCUCGGGGAAAGCGCCAGCAAGCAGAUUCUGUCCCUGGCCACCAACUUCAACGACCCGCUGCUGCAGGGGGCCAACGACGUGGCCAAGGUGAGCGACGCCAAGAAGACCUCGCUGGCCCGCGUCAGCACGAUUUCCGCCGCGGACCGAAGCAAGGCGGAGGAGGGCCGGCGCAUGGUGCUGGUGAUCGACCAGUUUCGGCAGCAGUACGUGUGGUACGUGCGGGCCUCGACCGCGUACGGCAUUCUGUUCACGUUUCUGCUGUUUGUCGCGCUCUACUUGGUGGCGGUCGUGUGGCAGAACCAAAUCCACCGCAUCCACGACGCCAACCAGGCCUGGCUGCACCCGCUGAUGCCCAUGCCCCCGGCCAACCCCAUCACCGCGGAGAAGUUUUGGGGCUACACGAAGACCUCCCUCGUCCCGCAAAUUUACCACACCCCGGUCGGCGGGGCCCUGACCAACACCACCACGGAAUUCCAGGCGCUCAGCGAGCGCCAGGACGUGCUCACCGGGUUGUUGGUAACGUCAAAACGAAAGUACGUGAACAGCCACAGCUGCGCCGGGUUGCCGAGCGCACUGUGUCUGAGCGAGAAGAACUUGCAGGAGGAGUCCGUGACGCUGCUGGACGGGCAAAGAGUCGCGUACGAUCCGUUUUUCGAGGGGUACACCGUGUACAUCCCCGGCCGGGACGCGGCGGCGGAGUUAGACUACUACCAGGCGCAGGGCUUGCUGUCCCCCAAUACUUACGCUAUGACGGUCCGGUGGGUGGCGGCCACGCCGGCACGAAAGGUGCUCACGGUGGUUGAAUUUGCGGCAGAUAUCUCCGAAGCCGGGCUCUGGUCCACGAGCUUGACCCCCUUGUCGAUCCCGUAUUCCCUGUACCCGCACAUUUACGCUGUGGCGAACAGAAAGAGCGAAAAGCAUCACGAGCAUCUUCACAGAAGGAUGCGCAGGAAAGAAUCCGAGCGUGACGAUGACGACGAUGAUGAUGAGAGAAGCACCGCAAGUGGGCACGAAAAUCAUGAUAAUGGUGAGAAAAAGCCAGAAGAGAAGAAACCGUCUUCAACAUCACCACGAACCGGCGAGCGCGACUCCAUCCAAGAACUCGACGAAGAGGAAUCCCAUCUCCCAGUCAACCCGGAGGAGGACAGUUGGGUGCUGAGCAGCGGGCUUGACGUGCGUGGCUUGGUGGAGCUCUGCGCCAGAAUUCUCGUGGAACUUUUGGUUCUCGUGUUCGCCGUGAUCCAAAUCCGACCGGUGCUGGUGCAGGUGUACAAACCGAAGGACGACUUGGUCGUCGGAACGAUUACGCGCGAACUCCCGACCGACCACGCCGGAUUCCCGUACCUAAAGAGCGCCAAGGCGCUCUGGUUCUGCGUUUUCCCGGUUUGCUUCGUGCUCUGGUUCGUGCUGCUCUUCUACCAUCACAUGUACUGCGUCUCGCUCGUGCAGGAGUUCUCGACCCUGGACCAAUCCUCCCUCGAAGCCGGCGAGAUGCGGCUCUUCGAACAAGCGAAUGGAAGUAGCACCUCUACUGCGCUCUACGAAAUGCCGCCCGCGGCACCCGAGGAAUCGAAGGUGCGCGCGCUCAUCAAGCACGUGAUCACCUGCGAGUUUUUGCUCUCCCUCUACCACUGCCUGAACGGAUUGGUGAUUUUACUCCUAAUUCAGAUGUUUUUCGAGCAUUUGGCGUUCCAAAAGCGGUUGGCCAUCAUCAUUGACACGUUCACGGGGAUCGGGGGCGACUUUUUUCAUUUGCUCGUCGUGUUCCUCGUGACGCUGGUCGGUUUCGCGGCGAUCGCCAACGUGAUGCUGGGCAGCUACGACCAGGGCUUCAACCAGGUCCUGCCGGGGAGCUACAACUUGUUUCUCUCGUGCAUGGGGUUGUACAAGCCCGCGAGCACUGCGCGCGUGGACAGCCAGUCGUUCAACAAGUUUCCGCUCUUCAUGGAAGUCAACGAAUUCGCGCUGAACGACUUCGCAACGCCGUUGUUCCUGUUCUACAAAUUUCUCAUGAUCAUGAUCCUGUUCAAGUUCGUCAUCGCCUUCAUCAUGGACGCCUACAAGCAGGCCAACCCGGCGAAGCGGGCGCAGUGCAAGAGCGUGCUGAGCGACCUCAGCUGGUUCACCUGGUUCUUCCACCAGCGCUACCUGCGGGCGAAAUCCAAGGGCUACGUGGAGCUGCAGGAUCUGAUCGUUGCACUGAAAUACUGCGACAACGUGCACGCGGAACGGUAAUAGUGAUAUUCAGCUUAUCUUUACUAGGGAUGGUCAACACAGACAGUGUGGAAUUAGCGUUUUCGCUAGAUCGAAUUAAUUAUGAUGAUGAAUUCCAUAUAUUUAUAUUUAUAUGCUGUUCCGCAACCGAUCUCUCAAAACUGAAAUACAGGUGCCGUCAAGCGCUCGAGGCCGCCGCGGCUGACGAUCGCGCGGUUGCAGGAAACGACGAUUUCGUGAGGCUGACGAACGACAGUCAGAUUUCCACCUCGCUGCACUCCGAGCAGCACCCGCCGCACCUGUUUCUGGAGCGGGAGGAAGUCGCGUGGGCGUUGAACGAGGUUGCGCAGAACCGGGAGGCACCGGGCGAGUUGAUUCAAAUGCCGCGGGGCUGCGAAAUCGCUCCCACCCUGCACCACUACAGCAGCAAUGACGUUGACUGGAUUAUGUCCAACUUCGGCGAGCCGCUCUCUCGGGCGGUCAGAACCAACAAAACCGACGAGAAACGACACCUGACCGGGGAGGUAAAUAAUUUUUCGCUCUCUACUGUCUAUGAAGCGUCACGCUCACGUCACCAUGAUGUAACUAUAUUUAUAAGACCACACAGACAUCAUAACCUCCUUUGAUGCAAGAUGAAUUUGCAGUUGAGAGGACAAUUGAAUCAAACAUCGCAACACGACAGGCCCGACAAAUUUUCCUCGACUUUGACGCAGACGACACCGGCGUGCUGAGUUUGCGUGAAACCGCGCUCUUUCUGCAGGCCCUUGGGCACUACCACGUGGCACACGACGAGCCGCUGUUUCGAAAGAUGGUGAAAAAGUACGAUACGGACGAGGAGGGGCUGUUCAGUCAGCACAUGCUGGCGGAGCUGCUGGAGGAUCAGUUGUUCGAAUACCCAGAAUACAUCCACCAGCACCUGCACAAGGGAAACAUUGUCGGGUAGUCUGUUUUUCAUUUUUGCGUUACAAGUUUGAUUUUGCAUCGGAUCUGGAAACUUGCCUCCCCUUUUUUACUUUUUUUCCUCUAUUUCCAGUUGAUUUUCAUGCAGCAAGUAGUAUCAAAAUCAAGCCGAUCCACGGUAUCCCCAUGCUGUGACCUUCUUUAUCUGUCUUCGUUCGUGAACAUUUACCCCCGGUAUUGCAGGCUUUUCGGAUUUUUUUAAUCUGCUAGAUCAAAGUAGCUGUUUGUCUUUCUUCAUCUUGCACAAGACUGAGCAACGCUGCGUUUUUCUUGAGUCUCGCAAUCUUUGUCUAGCGAGUAUCUUCGUUUUUUUUUCUUCCCCAGUCCGAAAAAGAGAGACAAAAGUGAAGAAUACAGAACGCGUAUGCUUGCACAUGGAAGAUCAUUCUGCUCACGAGAUUUACAAGUGAAACGCUCGCCAAAUGGUUUUGAUUGCAAAGAAGAGCGCGUGUCACUCACGAGCACAG